CUCCGUUCCGUUUCAAAUUUCCCGCGACUGUCUCACCGAAACACUCCGACUUCGCAGCCAUGAAAUGCCUCUUGCUCCUGCUAACAUGUGCCGUUGCGCACGCGUUGGACCUCCUGCCAAACAUUUCCGUCGCAGCCACCAUGAACACCGACUGCGGGGCAUACCCUCCGUCGUAUGGCGGUGAAGACGACGGCACCUCCGACCCGAGCAAGGCUAUACACAGAGAAUUCUACCAAUUCGGACGAAUAUAUGAUAUUACGCACCAGUUACGACCCGAUUUGCCUGUUUGGGGCUCCACAGAUGGUUUGGGUACCGAUUUUUGCAUGCUUCAGUACAGCAUGAAGAACCACUCGCAGACAAACAAUUCGAUAAUGAAGCUCGCCGUUCACACCGGCACGCACGUUGACUCGCCGGGACAUGUCUUCGAGGAGUAUUACGAAGAAGGCUUCGACGUCGAUACACUCGACCUCUCCGUUCUCAAUGGUCCAGCAUUGUUAGUUGAUGUUCCCCAGGACAGCAAUAUUACUGCUGAAGUUAUGGAGUCCUUAAAUAUUCCCAAUGGAGUGAAACGUGUGCUUUUCAGAACAUUGAACACCCGCAGGCGCCUUAUGUGGAACAAGGAGUUUGCUUUCGACUAUGUGGGAUUUAAGGAAGACGGAGCACAAUGGCUAGCCAAUAACACUCAAAUCCGACUCGUUGGAGUUGACUACUUAUCUGCUGCUGCCUUUGAUAGUAUACUUCCUGCUCAUCGUGCUCUCCUACAAGAAAAGAAAAUCAUCGUUGUGGAAGGCCUCAAACUGGACGACAUUGAAGCAGGAUCAUAUAACAUCCAUUGCUUACCUCUAAGAUUGCUUCACAGUGAUGGAUCGCCUAUAAGAUGCAUCCUUGUCAAGUGAUAAGCUACUUGUUUACCUUUAUAUUGGAAAUAAUGGUGGCGAGGUGAGGCUGUGAGUCAAGUUAGUUGAUACAAGGUUACUUCACUAAAAACGAUGAAGAGAUGAGACCAUGGCUGCUUGUACCAAGUGUUUCUCAUGACUUACAUGAAUGUUCCAAGUUGUAUCAUCUGUAUGAGUCUAGUGAACAAUAUUAGAGCUGACAAAAAGCAUGGGAAUUUAAUAAUGACAUUGCAAACGAAC